UUGUAAACCACGUAUCACCCUUAUUGCGGAAGGGAAAGCAAGCGAUUAGACUGUGAGAGACGCACCCUGGUGGCCGAAAACUCACAAGAUCCGCUUGAAGCCGUCUGCAUCAAGAGUAGGCUUAUUUUGAAACUGGACCAGCUUAACUAACCAUGCCGCUCUCAGCCGAGCCCAGCUGGAUGUCCUGCGAAGUCAGCACGGGGACUACUAUCAUGGCAGUCGAGUUUGAAGGUGGUGUAGUAAUUGGAUCAGAUUCCCGAGUGUCUGCAGGGCAGUCUGUGGUAAACCGUGUAAUGAAUAAGCUCUCGCGUCUCCAUGAUAAUGUCUACUGUGCUCUCUCUGGAUCUGCUGCAGAUGCCCAGGCAGUUGCUGAUAUUGUUGAUUAUCAGCUGGACCUGCACAGCAUUGAUAUGGGAGGGCUGCCUCUGGUGAAAGCAGCAGCAAAUAUGGUCAAAGAUAUCAGUUACAAAUAUAAGGAGGAAAUGGUAGCCCAUCUAAUUGUGGCUGGAUGGGACAAAAGUAAAGGAGGCCAGGUAUAUGGGACCCUUGGUGGGAUGCUGAUUAGACAGCCUUUUGCAGUUGGUGGAUCAGGAAGCACAUAUAUUUAUGGAUAUGUGGAUUCUGCCUAUAAAAAAAAUAUGACCAAAGAUGAUUGUCACACAUUUGUAAGCAAUGCCGUGUCACUGGCCAUGAACAGAGAUGGCUCAAGUGGAGGUGUGAUCUACAUGGUGACCAUCACAGAGAAGGGGACCGAGGAGAAAGUCAUUCUUGGGAAUGAGCUGCCACAGUUUUUUGAUGACUGACUAUAAUGUUACAAGUGUGACAUACAAUCUAGUUUUUCUGUGAAAAACAAAAAUAAAUACAAAAUGGUAAAAUGUAA